GGGGCCCACAGCAGCCAGUUGUACCUGUUGUGCCAGUACUCCCUGGGGUGCGGCAUCUCCUGCAGCCUCAGCUACCUCCUGGAGGGGGCUCCCCACCGUAGCUACAACCUGCUUCUCAGCCUGGGCCUGGCCGGCCUGAUCACCUGUUACGUCUGGAGGCUGGCCCGGCACGUCUGCACCAUGUACGAGCUCCACAGCAAGGAGCGCUACUGCGGGGUCUGCAUCUUCCUGCUGACCGCCUGGCACGGCAUCCCCGCCCUGCUCUGCAACGCCCUCAAGAUCACCUUCGUGGUGGCUGACCUGGCCGCUGUCGCGCUGAUCAACAGGGAUUUCCUCACCACCUCGGAGGCCAUUCGCUUCUGGACGCCGCUCACCAUCUGCUACACCCUGCUGGUCAUCUACAUGCAAGAGGAGCAGAGGCAUAACCCCAGCGAGCAGAUGGUCUAUCAGACGGUGUUUGUGAGGAUGGGAGGUUUGCUCAUCCUCCUCAUGACGGUGGGCCGGUGGAUGGACAUCAUGAACAUCUUCAUCUCGCUGGUGGGUGAGAUCUGGUGCCUGGUUCGGGCAGGAAUCAUGCUGGACAUCUGCCGGGCGCAGGAUUUUUCUCAAAGGUUCCCAGAAUCCGGUUCCAGGCAGCCCCAGCCUAGGCCUGAGGCCCCUGGCAGAAAAUACAGCUCCGUGACUAGGUCCUCAAGUGGAGGGGCUGGAGCCGAGAGGUGAGGAGGGGGCUGCCAUGCUCCAGCGAUGGCGAGACCGGCAAAGCCCCAGCGACCGGGACUGAAAUGUGACAUUUUAAGCUCCAGGCCGUGCCCGCUGAAGCAGCUUAAUUCACAUGCCGUACGUGCUCCAGUAGCAAACCAGACUCGGGGGCGAUCUGCUGAGGACGUUCUCAAAUGGACAGUUGUUUGCACAGUCCCAGGUUAACUACCUAGAUGACUCUUUGCUCCCCUCAACCCCCCACCCCCAACACCCUGCGGUUGGUCGAAUUGCACUGGUCCCUGGAAAUGGGGAGGCCCCCAUCGCCC